UGGGCCUGCUCCGGUCUGAACACAGUCACUAUGGGCAAGAUCACCUUCUUCGAGGACAGGAACUUCCAGGGUCGUCAAUAUGAGUGCACUGGUGACUGUGUUGAGAUGCAGUCCCACCUCUCUCGCUGCAACUCCAUUCGUGUAGAGAGUGGCUGCUGGAUGGCCUAUGAGAAGCCCAACUAUUCUGGCUAUCAGUACAUGUUACACAAGGGAGAGUACCCUGACUACCAGCACUGGGCUGGCUUCAAUGACUGCAUCCGCUCCUGCCGCAUGGUACCUCCUUACACUGGAAACUACAGGAUGAAGAUCUUCGAGCGCUCUGAUUUUGCUGGCCAGGCCAUGGAGCUGAUGGAGGACUGCCCUGAUCUACGUGAGCGCUUCCACAAUGGGGAUGUCUCCUCUGCUAAUGUCAUGGAGGGUUACUGGAUCCUUCACGAGCACCCCAACUACAGCGGCCGGCAGUACUUCCUCCGACCUGGGGAAUACAGGAGGUUCAAUGAGUGGGGCAGUCCCAGUCCCGCCAUGGGCUCCUUGAAGCGUAUCACUGAUUUCAACUGAAAACCUUUUGUGGAAACCUUAGCAACCCAACUGUGCCUUUCCCUAAAAUGUUGCCAGCAUGAGCUAUUCUUGCUACAAUUAAGCAAGGCCUGACUCCACAGGGCCUGUGGAACUGUGCAGUAUUUGAAUUUGUGCUUUAUGCCAUAACUCGGCACUGUAUCCAAAUGCCUCUGUUUAAAGUAGCUAAGGUGAAUGUCUGCUUUGUUUCCUGUGUUGACUAAGUAAACUGUAAGCUUUCAUAGCACCCUCGCACCACCCUUUUC